AACUUUGCUCAUUUAGGUAAACGCAUUUGCACGGUUGAAUAGGCACACGAUCCAAUCAACUAGAGAGCCGAAUAAGAUUUUCAAAACAUGGAAAAUUUUCGAAAUAAGUUCGAAAACAUUUGAACUUUUAAAUUAACGACAAACCACUAACUACUGCAUCGUAGCAAGCCGACGCCGCAAGCAGGAAAAAACCGCGCAAAAAUCCCCACCCCACACGUAUCCAUGGAAACCGCACCGCGAUUCCAUGGAAACGCGAAGCCUUGCUAUGCCAGCGUGGAGUGGAUUGAGUGCUGCACGUGUCCGCUGAUAGCAGAACCGGCGAAUCGCGUGCGCGCCAUUUUGCAGUCAACCGCACGCGUCGGUAGAGUUUAGCGCGUGUCGCGAUGGAGUACAAGCUGGAAAUGGUGACCGAAUCGUUCGAAAAGUACCGCAAUCUGCGUUUUCCGCUGAAAGUGUGGAUUCUAGUCAAUGCCACCGGUGAAAAUCGCUUCCUCCGUUGGGACAAGAGUAAGACGAUUCUGCGACUGGAUCGCGAUGCACUGGAAAAGUAUCUGGAAUCGGAGGAGUCAAUCUUUCGCUGCAAAAAGUUGUCCACUUUCUUUUGGCUGAUGGAUUUCAACGGGUUCGAAUCCGUAGUGGAGAGUUCUGAUGAAAUCGACGACGACGACCAGAGCGGCAAUAAACACAUUCUGCUGUACAAACACGUUUCGUUCACCGGGGAAAAUCGAACCUACUUCGAGCAAAUGCUUCGCAGCCGCCACGUCCGGGAGGUGAUUAGUAAGCAGCACGGGAACUGUUCCGUUCAUCAAGGUAAAAUUUUGAAAAAUCAAAAACAGUGCGAAAUCGGAGGAUCCGGAGAAGCAACGGCAACCACCGCCCGAUCACAGCUUUCUUCUAGCAGCUUUGCCCCGGAAAAGUUCAACCUACUGAUGGAAACUAAAUCGUUGGAACUGUCCGUUCGAGAAGCCUACGGAAAUCUUCACACAAAUGACGACGAAAUGAUUCCCAUCAUUGAGGUUCCCGCUACGUACUGUGACGAACCGGCCACCGAGGUACCCGAGUACACGAAACAACGGGUCAUUGCCGGAAACUAUGGCCGUGUCAAUUUGGAUGAUUUAAAACGCUUCUUCGGGGACUAUUUGCCAGUUUAUGAUGACUCACCGGAGGCCCAGGGCUCGACUGAACCGGACGAGAAGCCAACUGUGACAGCGAAGCAAUCAUCGCCGGAGGCACGGAGUUCGGAAUUGGUGUCUAGUUCUCCGGAAGCACCACCAAAACCCCCACCGGUCAACACAUUGGACACGUUCGAUUACAUCAAUGAUCCAACCGUCGAGCAGGAAAACUUUGAACCCGUAGUAGAUCCGGGUGAAUUUUCACCGCUCUCAUCGAUGGCGGAUUUGAGUUUUCUCAAUCAUGACGAUGAUCCUAUUCUGCCGAUCGGUUCGGACGGUACCUGUCAUGAACCGCUGUCGGAUGAGACACAGUUUCGGCUGUGUGCCGAAAUUCGCGAAACUUUCGAGCUUUUGAAUCAAUUGUAAAUAUGAAGUGAAUAUGAAUAUUUCAGAUGUUGAAUUGUAGAUAACUAAGAAUAGAUGAAUUAUUUUAUGAACUGGCCGUUUCUGUUUCUACUUACUUAGACCUUGUCUCAUCCCAAAGAAUGUAGAAAGAAAUUUAUAUUUUGAUAUCAACUACCAAGUGACUGAA